ACAACAGUUAUACAAAUCCCUCAGUUGCAAUAACAACAUAGUCCUUUUAAUACUUUAAAAUAGUUUCUAUUUGUUUUAAAUUUACUCCCAAUCCUAAUUCACAUACCAAAAUGUACAAAAUCGUGCUUGUUCUCUCACUGAUCGCAUUCGCUUGCGCCGAGCCUGGCGUCGUGGUGGCUCCAGCAGUGCCCGUUGCACCGAUUGUGCAUCAUUCGGGCGCACAUGCCGUUCACUCUCACGUAAUUCAUCACCCCGUUCCAGUAAAGACUGUUGUAACGCCAGUUAUUGCCAAGACUGUGGUACCAGUAGCGCCGAUCGUAAAACCAAUUGUGCCUAUAGUUCCAGUCCAUCAUGCUCAUCCGGCUGUCGUAGUGCAUCACUGAGUUGUUCCGGCGACAAUGCGGCUGCUGUCCCACCACCCUUAAGACCAACAACUCAACGAAAACACAACUCAAGUUAAUCGAAUGCAACAAUGGCGCAACGCGUUAAUAUGUAGACUACAAGCAACCUCUAACCUUUCCUUUCACUUUCCUAUUUCAACUACUUAUAUAGUAUGUAUGUACACCCCUCUAAAAAAUCCCCGAAAUUAGUAAAAUAUAAAAGAAGC